AAAGCAUGGAAAAAAUGCAUUAACCCAUAAAUCAGCAGGCGUAAGACGAAAUUAAAUUAAAAAAUAGUUUUAAAAACCUGCCAAGGUUUUUAAUGCAACUAUAUUAUGACAGUACUUAGACAUGUUCGAUUAGUUCUUCCAGGCUGGUCAUUGAAUGUUGAGCUACACGUAUCUUGAUUAGUGAGCCACUUCAACAAUACGAAGGUCAGUUUGAGAUUAAAACUGCAAAAACAAACAUUGUGCAACUACGUUUACAAAGAAACUGUACUUUUUUUUUACUUGGGUAUCUACGAUUUUUAAGGGUCGGUUUGAAAAGUACUUCCUUAAGUAGGACAGUAGUUUGAACAGCUCAACCACAAAUACAAAUGCUAACACCAUUGUUUUGCGAUAGCACCCUUUCGUGCUACAUUGCGCCAACAAAGUCAGUCAUUCAAUAACUCUCCAUCAAGCAAGUGUAGCGAAUAAUCCAUAGCAUAGUAAGCCAUGAGUUACCCAAAAUUAUUUCUGCAGGUGGCGAUCAUCGUCACCGCAGUCCUUAUACAAGUAACAUCCCUCGAAUGCUAUAGUUGCGAUUCGGACUUGAUGGAUUUCGAUUGCAAUAAAAUUGAAACGUUACCGAAGGUGGUUUGUGCGAAUACAACUGCGUCGAACCUGGUAGCGUUGAGCUGCGGAUCACAGCACGUUAUAGCAAAGGAUAGCAGCGCGGAACGGAUCUUCCGAGGUUGUAUGGUCGCCGGAGAGUGUGGCCUGUUGAGCCGACAGGUGGAGUUAACUCAAGCAUACCGUAUGGCUUCGUGUCACGAGUGCGGUUUAGAUAAUUGCAAUGACAGCGGAACCAGUAUCGGUCGGGAAAGUUUCGGCAUGAUAGGAAGUUUGAUGGUGGGUUCGGUUGCAUUUCUUCUCCAUCGGGUCGCUUUGCUGUAGGAAUUUCAAAGAAUGUUUUGAUUAGAUUCUGAAGCUUUCGACAAAAAGCGUUUUUUUAUUACACGAUUUGAUUAUUUUUUUAAUAAUUAAUGCGGGUCUAUAAGCACAUGGGGAUGAAUAGUGAAUAAUGUUGAGUGUAAAUCAAAUCAAUAUUUUUGGUCCAUUCUAGGGCACUAGUGGUUAC